UGUUGCAGUAGGCAAUUUAUUUUUCCUUCCAUGGCAUUUUACAACGAAGAUAGCCAGGAGGACGCACGAGAGUGUCCAGUGUGCUAUGAGGGUCUGUCGGGCACGGAGAGGACUCUGAGCUGCGGACAUGUAUUCUGCCACGACUGUCUGGUCAAAACGCUGGUCAGCAUCAACAACGAAGGAAACAUCAAAGGCACUAUUGUUUGCCCUAUCUGCCGACAUCUUACAUUCAUUAAGAAACAAAAGGAAACCCUUGUGUCCCUUGCGGCGAAUAAGGAUCCAGAUGAAGCGCAGACGCUACAGGUGCCUCUCCCUCUGCCACUGAGAGAGCUCCAGAGCGCACGGCGCGCCUCCAGGGACAGUUUACCGAGGGGAGUUAACUGGAUUGCUCACAGCUUUAGGUGGAUGUCAGAACGAGUCCGUCGACAGAGGUUGAUCAUCCCCAGCCAUAAUGCAUUUCAGAUCUUUAUCAUAAGCGCUGAAGGGCGACCCAUGUGUGAAGACGACGUGCUCAGCGUUGUGGUGACAGCUGUUCGACCCCAGGGCAGGCGAAGGCGCAGGAUUUGCACAACUGCACGAUGCCUGUUCGUUUUGCUUUCAGUGUUUACGUUACUGGCACUAGUGGCGGCAACUUUACCCUGGGUUUUGUUGGCAUAG